CUCCAUCAUGGUUUUCAUGUAGAAUUUCAAUCUCUUUCUCUCUUCCAUCUGAGGCAAUUUUCUAUUCUUGUUUCUAUCAGACUCUCAUAUUCUCUCUCUCUUUCUCUGUUCUCUUUCUUUUCUUCUACCUGUCGUCUCUUUAUCUCUUUUUAUUGUUCCAUUUUCUCUCUCUUUGCAUGUUUAAGCUUCUCUUUCUUUCCAAUUUUUAUGAUGUGAUGUGUCUAUUUUUUCUUUCUCUCUUUCAUUACUUUGAUUCUCUUUUUUCAUAAGUUACAUCCAAUUUUAUCAACUGUCAGUUGAUUGUUUUCUCUCUCUCUGUCCUUCUUUCUCUUCUUAACUUUAAUCGUUGAAUCCGUCAUAAUAUGAAAGAUGUUGAACAGAUGAGAAUCAACUUACUACAAGGAAUGAAAAUUAAUCGAGUCACAUUCCUUUGGAAGAAAGUAUCACAUGGUUAAGACGCAUCUUCUUCAUAUACUGAUUAUCUUAGUUUCUUUUAAUUAUAUUCACAGUUGUUAUUUUUGUAACCAACACAAGGCCCAGGACUAGAAAAGAGAUACUGAGAUAGAGGGAAACACAGACACAGUGACAUUUUUUUACGCUUAUUUUAUCCUCUACUCUUCUGGGUUCAUCUUAACUGUCGGAUAUUUUUUUAAUCGCUUUUUGACUCAUUGCUGAUUAAUUUGAAGUGGGAAUCUGAAUCCAUUUUGGUCUAACAUCGUUUUUACUGUAAUGAUAGUGCCUUUCGAUUAUACCGUCAAUACAGUUCAAAGUCAAUUAUUGUUUUGGAAUCUAGAUAAUUUUGAUCUAUUGUAAUAUGGUUGUUCGAACUGAUCCAAUGUGUGAUGAUGGUAAAACCAACAAGAUUGUCAAUGAUGGAGAAAAUGACGAUAAACCUAAAUCGGAUGCAGUUAAUGUAACAUCCAGUCCCCCAGAGCAACAAGCGACCACUUCAACUCCAGCUUCAACAGCAUCUUCAACACAAGUAACAUUAUCGAUAUCGACACCGACAAUUACACCAACUCUGACACUGACAUCGACAUCAUCAUCGAAACCGGCAACAACAACAACAACAACCACUUUAACUUCAGUAUCUUCAUCAACAAAUCAUCAUCUCAAUGCAUCAAAUCCAAUUGUAUCCAUGCCUUCACCAGCAGGUAUGUCAACAUCAACAACAGCAACUUCUGUGGUAUCAGUUACAACUACAAAUGUUGCAACUUCGAUAGUUACUACAGCAGCAACAUCAACCGCCUCGUCCUCAUUUCCAUCCUCUACGAUAUUCUCAACACCUCCAUCAUCAUCUUCAACCACAACUACAAUAACUACAACAAUGUCAUCAUCAACAAAUGGUUCAGCCUCCUUGUCCAAUUCAGCUGGUUCACAGGAUAAGAAAAGAGUCAAAAAAAAUCAUGGCCCUCGUCAUCAUUAUGAGAUUUACGGUUACUUUGAUUGGGACUCAUAUCUCAAGGAAACUGGUGGUGAACCUGCCCCAUCAUCUGCCUUUAAACAACAUCCAAAUCCUCCCACAAAUGAAUUUAAAUUGAAAAUGAAACUCGAAGCACAGGAUCCUCGUAAUCCAACUUCUACCUGUAUCGCAACCGUUGUUGGUACAAUGGGUCCUAGAGUCCAAUUAAGAUUAGAUGGUAGUGAUAAUACAAAUGAUUUCUGGGAAAUGAUCGAUUCGCCUUCUAUUAAACCAGUUGGACAUUGUCAGGAAAAUGGUGACAUGUUACAACCACCUUUAGGAUUCAGAAAGAAUCCUUCACAUUGGCCAAUGUUUGUUCUUAAUACUCUUAAAGAUGCAGACAUUGCUCCAAAAAAUAUCUUCAUUAAAGAACCACCGACACCGGCGAAUAACUAUUUCAAAACUGGAAUGAAAUUAGAAGCCGUUGAUAGGAAAAAUCCUCGACUCAUUUGUCCAGCCUCAGUGGGCAGCGUUAACGAAGAUCAGAUAUUUAUAACUUUCGACGGAUGGAAAGGUGCAUUUGACUACUGGUGUAAAUACGAUUCAAGAGACAUUUUCCCAGUCGGUUGGUGUCAAAAAAGUGGUCAUCCUCUUCAACCACCCGGAGACAAAACUCCUUUCACUCCUGUCAGAGACAAACUAGUUGAUAUAACUACGCCUGGUAGUGUUCCACUUUCCAUUACAUGUUUACCGAAAACAGCGACCAUUACUAAUGGUACACCGACAUCUUCGAAAGUUAAAAGUAAGAUAAACCAAUCAAGUUGUGGAGCAACGACAACUACGACCAUGGCCGGUGAAACACCUAAAAUGACAUCAAAGAUUCAAUUGUCGGCAAAACCUUCCGUUCACUCAUCCCAAGAAAAUCGUUCACAAGUACUGGUCAAUAAUAUUAAUCCUAAAGAUGGAUUAAAACAAACUCAGGGUAACAUUUCCAAUGGAAAUAAUUCAAAUAAAAGUGAAAAGCGAACAGUAAAUGAGGAAGCAACUCCUAGUUCCAUAUCUAAAGCAGCUACAAUUACUGUUUACCUUAACAAGUCAUGUAAAGCUGGUCCCUACAUUGAUAAAAAGAAAUUAGAUAAAGCACCAAAUUCAUAUGGUCCAGAUACUUUCAAUCGUACAUUAAGAGAUGUGUUACAAGCCAUGUUGGAUUGUAGUCUUAAUCCACCAAGAUUAAUCAGUUCAAUGAGACUUGGUCAUGGUUAUACCACAGUUACAGCUAAUAUACUUGGAACUAUGAAAAAAUAUACCAUAGCCCAUGUUAAUAGACUCCAUUUAUUUUGGAGCACAAUGGGUAACUUUAUCGAAGAUAUCGAAGGAUGUCCUAAUCUAAUCACCUCUCAACCAAAUGAUGGGACUUGUAAUAAGUGUAAAACUGUUGACCAAAAAUCUAACAAUGUAACAACCAGUAAUCGAACUACUACUCCAAUUACUUCUCAACAUGGUUCGGGUAAUUCAUCGACUCCUAUCCAAGCCAAUCGAGCUCCUUCCAUUCCUACAAUUGAAAACACUGGAUACACUGUUCAAUUUACCGAAGAAAAGAAUAACUCGACAAAACCUUUAACUCAAACUCCAACAUCAUCCGUUGUUACUAAGGAUUCUAAUGAUUCCACCAAUAAUAAUUUAAAGAAAGGAGUUAAAAGAAGCCUGACCAGUUCAGUUAGUCAAUCAGCAAACUCUGAAUCAAAUAUUGAUACAAAUGGUCAAGUAAAUAAGAGUAUGAAAAUGUCUGGAACUUCAUCAACAACUCCUAUUACUUCAACCAUGGCAAAUGGGGGGAAAAUGGUUAAGACUGUGAUUUCAGCCAAUCCAUCGGAUUGGAGUAUUGAAGAUGUGAUAAAACACCUUCUCUCCCAUGAUCCAUCUUUAAUUGUACAUGCUGAAAAUUUCAGAAAACACGAAAUUGAUGGAAAAGCAUUUCUCCUGCUUAAUAGUGAUAUGAUUAUGAAAUAUAUGUCUCUCAAAUUGGGACCAGCAUUGAAAAUAUGUAAUAUAAUUGAUCGCCUCAAAGGCAACAAAAAAGUGGGAAAUUUUUAAUUGUCAAGCAAAAACCUAAAUCAACACAAUACAAACACAAAAACAAAAAAAAACAAAAUCAACAACACAAAGAGUAACAAAAAAAAACAAAUUUGUAUAAUUUAUCUGUAAACAGCUUUAAUCUACUUGAAUUUAAAUUUAAUAAUAAUUGAUGAUGACAAAGUGGUUUAAUUAUUGUUCACAAUGUUAAUAACUA